AUGGCACCCGAACAAGAGCCAAAAGGCUACCGAUGGGACAUCAUCACAGCGGAAGAACUCAAAUACGCUCCGCCGUACUUUCAAGACGUCCCAGAAACAACGACUGAAGUGGAGUGUAAGCUCAGCGGCACAUGGCCCAAGUGGCUUCAUGGCUCUUUCCUUCGGGUUGGCGUAGGCCGUUUCACAGUCCCCACCUCUGAAGACGACUCCACACCCCGAGUCAUCAUCCAGCACCUCUUCGACGGCCUGGCCCUCCUCCACAAAUUCCGCAUGACCGACGGUCGCGUGUAUUACAUGAGUCGCUACACUUCCAACGGAAUAACGCGCGCCGCGCAGCGAGACGGCUACGUCAAGAACUCCUGGGUGGGACCGAAUCCCAACACACCUCUUUUCGAAGCCCAGGAUCCGUGUUCGAAAUUACUUGGAGCGCGUCCGAGACGUGGUAUGCAUCUACCGGAGGAUAAGAAUCCGAAUUCGAGGGGUGUCAAGGCGGAAGAUCCGGCUACGCAGGAGAUCCUCGUUCACACGGACUGGAACUGCAUGCAAAUCUGCGAUGCAAAGACGCUCGAGCCGAAGCGCUUACUCUCUCAUGCGGUCAUCGAUCCCGAGCUCGCUGGAACAGGGUGCUGCGCUCAACCGGUUCAUGAUCGCAAGCGAGGAACGACGUACAACUACUUGAUCGAUGCAGCGGGUAUUAUGUAUAUCUUUGCGUUGGAUGUGGUGGCGAAUCCGGCGCGUCUGUUAUGGAAGUCGGCGCUGCCGUGUAAGCCGUGCUACACGCAUGCUCUUGCUAUGACAGACAAGUAUGUUGUGUUCGUCAGGAACCCUGUUAUAUUGGAUCUCAGUGAUCCGAGCAAGACCCUCGUCGAGGCGAUGGUAUGCGAGCACGACUCCCCCGUGUACUUUUACGUCCUGGACAAAGCCGACGGCAAGGUCAUAGCAUCCUACCAAGUCCCAAACUUCUACUUCUUCCACACAGCCAACGCCUACGACUACGUCGACCCCAAAACGGGGCACACGAACGUCCAUGUCGACAUUGCGAGCUACAAGGCAGAACACUACCCGUACCACGAAUACGCCAUCUCGAACGUCAUCAACCCGCUCAAACCCUACCAGACGGGCCGCCUCGUCCGCUACGAACUCUCCGCCGUCAACACGCGCGAUCCCGCCGUUGUCGCCCGCGGCACCGUCAAAGCCGCUAUUCCAGAUAUGAUGGCGGAACUACCUCGCAUCUCCAAAGCCGCAUCCAUGGACCCAAACUACCGCUUCGUCUACGGCGUAUCCGGGAACGGCAUUUCCGCUCCAGGCACAGAUGUUCCUAUCGGGCGUCUCGGUAACGGCGUCGAUAUGCCACAUGCGUCUUUCUAUGGUCACCUCUUCAAGUCUGAUUGGCGGACUGGCACGUUCAAAGCGUGGGUACCGCAGAAUGGCGAGAGUUGUCCUACGGAGCCGAUUUUCAUCCAGAGGCCGGGUGCGACGGAGGAGGAUGAUGGGAUUGUGAUUACGAUUACGAUUAAUAAGGAGGGGACGAAUAGCAUUCUUGUGGGGCUUGAUGGGAGGACGUUUGAGGAGGUGGCGAGGGCGGAUAUGCCACAGGUUUAUGCGCUCGGGCCGCAUGGGUCGUUUGUUGAAGGGGAUUUUGGGGUUGUGAGUACUAUGGGUCGUUAG